GAAUAGGCCCCAAGGGCUUUGGACUAGCACUGGUUGGAAAAAUAUUGUAGCCAAGUUUGAAGCCAAAACUAGUGACAAGCGAACAAAGAUACAAUUGAAGAACAAAUUAGACAACUUAAAAAAAAGAAUAUGUUUGGUUCAUGGAGUUAAAGAAUUAUGCUACUGGACUUGGAUGGGAUGCAGCAAAGGGGACUGUUGAUUGCCCCAAGGAAUGGUGGGAUGAACACCUUGCUAGGUGUAAUAAUCGUGAAAAAGGCCUUAAAUGUAACCAUGUGAGGUUCAGAAAACAAGGACCGAAGUACCUUGAUGAUCUUGAUCUGAUUUUCGGCAAGGUACAUGUGACUGGGGCCACUGCAGCUGGUCCUGGUGAUAUAUCUUCUGAUGAGAGUGAUGAGGACGUGGCCGAGGUGCCAAAACCUCCACCUAAGGAUGAUGUGAAGCUGGCUGAUUUGAAGAAAAAAGGGAAAAAGAAACGCAAGAGCUCCUGUACUGUUGCUGAAACCAAAGAAGAGAAGAGUCCAUUUUAUCGAAUGUACAAAAACACAUGUUUGAAAAUAGAAAGUGCAGCAGAUAGGAUCUCAAGUGUAUCUGCCACCUCAGCUUCUCCCACUAAUGUUGUCCCCACCAUUGGAGAGGCUAUGAAGCUGGUUGAAGAGUGUGGGGUGGAAGAAGGAACUCCUCUAAUGCAUACUGCCACCAUGUUGAUUAUGAAGCCUGAAUUUAGAGAGGUCUUCAGCCAUCUGAAAACAAAUAAAGGAAGGCUGGAUGUCCUUGAGAGGGAGCAUGAAAAGGAGAUGAGGCGCUAG